UGAACCUUGCGACGGUUCGUCUCUUAACCGAUGUUUAUUUUUGUGAUGAAGGCAAUCUGGCCAUCAAAGCAAGCCAGCUCAGCGGUUGACGUGCUUUCCACGCACACAGCCGAACAUGUCAAGAGUCAGCACGGAGAGACUGAAGAUCCGAACGCAGUUGGCCAAGGACGCGUUCAGCUUGCGUAGGUAGAAUGGAUCUCAGCGGCAAUAUACCAGCGGCCGACGCCGACGCUUCUACCGAUGCUGGGGGGAAGACGUCCAGAGUCGAGAUGAGCACGCGCGCCGAAGAAGCCAGGGUCAUCUCAGCUCCCUCCGUCAUGCACGCGCGCUCGCUCGCCCGACAAGGGUCUCGGCGCAGGCCAUUGGCGUUGGCGUGGUUGGCCACGCAGCCCAGGCCCGACGCGACCAUCGCGGAAAGGGCGAAGCGACAAGGCUUCAUGCAGCAGCAGCAGCAGCAACAGCGGUCGGCAACGCAGUGCAGUGCAGCGCAGCGGGCGGUUCGGCGCGCACCUCAGCAAUCCAGUGCAGCUGCGUCGGGCCCUCGGCGCCUCGACGGCCACGAACGCGAGGCCGCGCAGGAUGACUUGUCGUAAGGCAGGGAUACACACAUACAUGUGUGCGUAUGAAUGUAUGUAAAUAUACCAUAGCGCCAGUCAGCCAACCGACCUAUGUAUGUGCCUCUUUCAGCCUGGCGGAGAGGUGGAAGAAGCAGGCAAACGACCUUGCGCAUGGCACUGCCCGUUGCCCGCUUCGGGCCAGCGUUGCAGGCUGGCUGCCUGCU